GUGGGAUGCCCACAGCUCUGCUCUUAAUCCUGGCGCUGAUGCUGCUUUGUCUGCUUCUUGCAGAACCAGCUCAUCCUGGGCGUGAUGGGAAUCGACGUGGCUCUCAAUGACAUCAAGAAGCUGACGCCGCGCUACAACCUAGGGGCUAAUGGCUACAUCUUCGCCAUCGAUCUCAAUGGAUAUGUCCUGCUGCAUCCAAACCUGCAACCUCAGAUCAUCAAUUUCCGAGAGCCCGUGACCCUGGACUUUCUGGAUGCUGAGCUGGAGGAUGAGAACAAGGAGGAGAUCCGGAGAAGUAUGAUCGAUGGCAGCGAAGGGCAGAGAGUCAUCAAGACCCUGAUCAAAUCCCUGGAUGAGCGAUACAUCGAUGAAGUCAUCAGGACCUACACCUGGGCCCCUAUCAAAAGCACCAAUUACAGCCUGGGGCUAGCCUUGCCACCUUAUAGCACGUACUACAUCCGGGCAAACCUCAGCGACCAGAUUCUCCAAGUCAAGUUACCAAACAUCAAAAUGAAGGAUUUUGAAUUCCUGCUGCCAAACAGCUUUGAGUCCGAGGGACAUGUAUUCAUUGCUCCCAGAGAAUAUUGCAAAGACCUUGACCUGUCGGAUAACAACACAGAAUUUCUGGAAAACUUUAUCGCCCUCAUGGAAAAGGUGACCCCAGACUCCAAACAGUGUGACAACUUCCUCCUUCACAACCUGAUCCUGGACACAGGAAUCACCCAGCAGCUGGUGGAGAGGGUGUGGAAGGACCAGGACCUCAAUACGUACAGUCUCCUGGCCGUGUUUGCUGCCACAGAUGGUGGCAUCACCCGAGUUUUCCCUAACAAAGCUGCCGACGACUGGGAAGAGGACCCGGAACCCUUCAAUGCCAGCUUCUAUCGGCGCAGUCUAGACAACAGGGGGUACAUCUUCAAACCGCCUUUCCGGGACCCCAGCUACAGAGGGCUGGAACUCGAAAACAACACCAUUGGGAUCCUGGUCAGCACAGCCGUGGAGCUCAGCAUUGGCGGAAGGACCCUGAAGCCAGCAGUGGUUGGAGUGAAGCUUGACCUGGAGGCUUGGGCUGAAAAGUUUAAAGUUCUGGCAAGUAAUCGGACAGACCGGGAUCAGCUGGGAACGCGCACGUGCGACCCCUCCACGAGCUGCGAGAUGGACUGUGAGGCCAACAAUAAGGACCUCAUUUGUAUUCUCAUUGACGAUGGAGGCUUUCUGGUACUCUCCAACCAGGAAGAUCAUUGGUACCAGGUGGGGAAGUUUUUCAGCGAAGUGGAUGCUAAUUUGAUGUCUGCCCUGUACAACAACUCCUUCUUCGCACGGAAGGAGUCCUACAACUUCCAGUCGGUGUGCAUCCCGGAAGCUCAAAGCAACACAGGAGCUGCCCCCAGAGGGGUGUUUGUGCCCACCAUGGCAGAUUUCCUGAACCUGGCUUGGUGGACAUCAGCCGCCGCAUGGUCUUUGUUCCAGCAGCUCUUGUACGGCCUCACCUACAGCAGCUGGUUUCAAACAGAGGAUGUGACAGCAGACAGCAUGGAGUCCAGAGAGACCAGCUGCAUCAUGAAGCAGACUCAGUACUACUUCAGCACCGUCAACACCACCUAUAAUGCUAUAAUUGACUGUGGAAACUGCUCCAGACUGUUCCACGCACAGAGGCUCGCCAACACCAAUCUGCUGUUCGUUGUAGCGGAUAAGCCGAUGUGCAGCCAGUGUGAGUCCACCAAGCUCCCUCAGGCGGAGACACGAGCUCCACCGAGAGAUCCAAAUCAGUGUGAGCUAGUAGAUAAGCCCCGGUACCGAAAAGGCCCCCACAUCUGCUUUGACUACGAUGCAGCGGAAGAUACCUCAGACUGCGGCAGAGGGGCCUCCUUCAAACCCUUCCUCAGCGUCUUGUUAUCCAUGCAGCUGCUGCUCUUCUACUUGACUGCCAGCCGCCAGCCUCUGUCCUCGGCAUCUUGCCUUUAAAACAUCCAUCUGGUCCAACCCAUCCAUUUUUCUUUUGUUUAAAACUCCAUCUCCAUCCUCUCCAGGCGUCUUGGAAAAGGGUAACUUCUUCUCGUCCCAUCUGCUCUGGUUACACCUUGGCUGUGGCUCAUGAUGACCUCCUCUUGCUCCACUGAGGAGCCUGGAAUAUCUUUUUCUUUUUCCUUUUGCUUUGUUUCCCAUCCUCUCCAACCUGGCCUUGCCUUUCUAGCGUCUCUGUGCAGAAGGUUGGCAAGAACUGAGCUUGAGCAAGACUUGGGGAAUCACAACCCAUUUGAGGCUUCUGUUCUUCAGACAGCAAGCGUCCUUGAGCUCUUGACUCCUUGACCCCAUCCUCUCCCUUCCAUUGAGCUGUUGGCCAAAUACAAAGAACAGUGACCUGGUUUUUUGGUUCGAUUUUCUUUUUUUUUGCUCUUUUCCCUCAUGGAACCUGUGGAAUUCUGGGAGAUUUUGUAGUUUCCAUUGAGAGAUGUCUUACCAUUUUGCUGUCUUAAAGUAUUUAACCGGAUUACUCUUGUGUUUGAUAUAAUCCACCCUCCUGCCCUUCCGAUCCAAACAAAAACACAAAACAAAAUAGAAGAGAAAAAAAAUGGUGUUUUCUUGCCAAAUUGAGACAAGUCUUGUUAACUUCUCAACCAAUCACCAUGGCUUCUUGAACUCAAAAAACAACCGAUGUUAUAUUUUAUAAUGUCCUCAUUUGCUUCUCCAUGCCGCCUAAUCCCUAGGUGCUUUCCUACACCAUCCCGUCCAAGUCUCACCUUAUUUACAUCCAUCUUAUUCCAAUCUUCAAUUAUUAUUUUGUAGCCUGAGGAUUUGAAACCAUAUCUUUCUACAUCUGCUUUCCAACGUUUUAGCCUGAAGAAGUACAAAUAUUUAUUGUCAGCAACAAGGACACACACACAAAAAAAGAAACUUGAAUUGAAUGUCAUGGUCAGUAUUAUUUAUUUAAAUUGAUAACUCUGUAGUGGGGAAGUGAGAAAGGGGAUCCAAGACCUUCAGCAGCCAUUCAUGUGCAUCAUUCUAGCCCUGGCAUACAGUGGGGUCGGACUAACCAUGGCUAAGAAGAACUUUCUAGUCCAUGUUGUUGCCUCAUUCCCCAGAGAGAUCCUCCCACUACAACUCAGGCCGGAUAACAGAUGCCCCUGGACAAUUGACCCAAGGGUACAUUGUCAAGAAGCUUGGCUUAAGGGUUCAUGGGGCUCUCUGUGGACCAGACUACCACCACUGGGGCAGGCACUGCCCACUCCUUUGAGUAGCAUGCCCUGAUCCUGUGUGCUGAUUCAUUCUCCACCAGGCAUGCAGAGCUGGAGAGGAUCCAACAGGGCCUUUUAAAACACCCAGGGCCUGAUAUAAGGAGGGUCCUGAGCCCCCACAGCUCCCAUUGACCUCAGUGGGGUUCAACACCUCCAAAAAACCCAGCCCAAGCUCACCCCUGUGUGUAACUGUUAAGUCAGCAGAGAUACACCAGGGUGCAUUUGGCCCUCACACCCCAAAUACCACCCCAGAGGGACUGGCAUCCAGGGCAGCUCUAGUAGAGGAGGAGGGUCCCUGAACUGAGCCCUCCAAAAUGGCUAAGUGGUGCCCUCAUGUCACUCCCAUUGACUCCGCCUCUGAGGGGAAGUUUAACCUUACGCAUCUUUGGCGUUGGUUGCCCCAUGUGAGCCUGGUGGAUGCUUGGGAAGGGACAUGUGCUGGUGAGGAGUUUUGGCCACAGAGCAGGGAGUCAGGCCCCCAGAGCGGUAGGUUCAGUCUCCCAAAACAGCAUGCAGGGCAAGAGAAGGAGGAAGAUGCUACACAGGCAACAGUAAGUCCCAGGUGCACCACCAGCAGGGGGAUGCCAUGGUGCAUUUGACACAUUAUGCCCUGGGUGCCCACAGCCCUGGUUUUCACACUCGGAAUGCCUCAUUUCAUGACGUGAGUUACCCUGGGCCUGUGAAGCACCCAGAUGUCUGGGAGAGGGCAGAACAUCUGGAUCUUUGGGUCUCGCUAACUGGGGGUAUGUCUUCACUACCGGCAGGUAGCAAU